AUGUCUGCUCUAACAUCAACUAUUUAUCGACCCAAACUCAAUAGUUCGGUCCAAACUAAUGGAUGCAACAAAAAUCAACAGCGAAUUCGCUUGAGCUCACAACCACUACAGCCGGAACUACAGUCACAGGUCUCCGAGACCAAGACUAUCCUCGCAUACCAUACUCUGACCUCGUUAUCUUUUACUCAUAUUCAAUUCUCUCCGUCCAAAAGGUUUUCUAAAUUUUUCGCCUUUAUAUCCCUCUCUCCUUGGGGAAUUCUAUGUGGGAAUCUGGCCAUUAUCCUUGCGAUGCGAGAUCUAGUGCCCCUCAUCGUGUUUCUAGGACAAGUCUUGAAUGAAAGUGUCAAUCGAUUUCUAAAGAAGAUUAAGCAAGGUCGACCCACAGAAUACCUUGGAGCUGGAUACGGAAUGCCUUCAAGCCAUGCACAAUUUAUGGGUUACUUUGCAUCUAGCAUUACCAUCCUAAUGUACCAAAGAGGGACGGCACCGGACGCUAUUUUUCCACACAUUACUGCUGGCUUCAUAAUCAUCUGGGCUCUUUUGGUUAUCUACUCUCGUGCCCAUCUUUAUUAUCAUACCUGGCAGCAGGUCGUCGUAGGAGCAAUCUGUGGAAUUAUAUUUGCGCUGAUGUACUUUUCCUUCAUCAAUAAUGUAUUACGCCCUUGUGGUUUCUUUGACUGGAUUGUGGAUCAUCCAUGGUCUCAGCAACUGUACAUUCGUGAUACAGAUGCCAUCUCAGACCGAGCUUUGUCUGACUGGGAGACAUGGCGGCAGCUUCGCAUGCACAAACACCGCUAAUAAAAAACUAUUAGCUAAACAUUGAUCCUAAA